UUGUCAAAGGACUAAGACAGUUUUCUGGUCUGAUUACCUGGCAGCCGCUGCUCCAGUACCUGACAGAGUCUUGCUGGUGAUGGACCCCUACGUGAUUCAGAUGCACAGCCACGGCAACCUCCCCUCCGUUCUGGAUGUGCAUGUCAACACUGCUGGGAGAAGCCCCGUGCCAGGAAAAAUGAAAGGCAGGAAGGCCAGAUGGUCCGUGAAGCCCUCAGACAUGUCCAACAAGACUUGCAAUCCCAUCCGGGCCAUCGUGGACAGCAUGAAGGUGAAACCGAACCCAAACAAGACCACAAUAUCUCUGUCAAUUGGGGACCCUACUGUGUUUGGAAACCUGCCAACAGACCAGGAAGUAACUCAAGCAAUGAAAGAUGCCCUGGACUCGGGGAAGUAUAACGGCUAUGCCCCCUCCAUUGGCUACCUGUCCAGUCGGGAGGAGGUUGCUUCUUAUUACCACUGUCCGGAGGCACCCCUGGAAGCUAAGGAUGUCAUUCUGACAAGCGGCUGCAGUCAGGCUAUUGAACUUUGUUUAGCUGUGUUGGCCAACCCGGGCCAAAACAUCCUGGUUCCGAGACCCGGUUUCCCUCUCUACAGGACUCUGGCUGAAUCUAUGGGAAUCGAGGUCAAACUCUACAAUUUGUUGCCAGAGAAGUCUUGGGAAAUUGACCUGAAACAUCUAGAGUCUCUGAUUGAUGAAAAGACAGCUUGUCUUGUCGUCAAUAAUCCAUCAAACCCUUGUGGGUCAGUGUUCAGUAGAAAUCAUCUCCAGAAAAUUUUGGCAGUGGCCACCAGGCAGUGUGUCCCCAUCUUAGCUGAUGAGAUCUAUGGAGACAUGGUGUUUUCAGAUUCCAAAUUUGAGCCUCUAGCCACCCUGAGCAGCAAUGUCCCCAUCCUGUCCUGUGGAGGGCUGGCCAAGCGCUGGCUGGUUCCUGGCUGGAGGCUGGGCUGGAUCCUCAUCCACGAUCGCAGGGACAUUUUUGGCAAUGAGAUCCGAAAUGGGCUGGUGAAGCUGAGUCAGAGAAUCCUGGGACCCUGCACCCUGGUCCAGGGAGCUCUGAAAAGCAUCCUGCGCCGCACCCCUCAAGAGUUCUACCAUAACACUCUAAGCUUCCUCAAGACCAGCGCUGACCUCUGCUAUGGGGCCUUGGCUGCUGUCCCUGGUCUCCGGCCCAUCCGUCCUUGUGGGGCCAUGUACCUCAUGGUUGGAAUUGAGAUGGAACAUUUCCCAGAAUUUGAGAAUGACGUGGAGUUCACAGAGCGGUUGGUUGCUGAGCAAUCCGUCCACUGCCUCCCAGGAAUGUGCUUCGAGUACCGGAAUUUCUUCCGAGUGGUAAUCACAGUCCCCAAAGUGAUGAUGCUGGAGGCCUGUAGCCGGAUCCAGGAGUUCUGUGAGCAGCACUACCAGUGUGCUGAAGGGACCCAGGAGGAAUGUGACAAAUAGGCUGGAAUCUGUUCUCCUGAGUACAUGCCCAGUCCACCUGGGGAGAGUCAGACUGAACCCUGCUGCUCCUCAGGGAGUCAGGUGCCCCUGCUGGGAGGGCAGCCUCAAAGACACCUCAUCAAGAGUUCAGAAUGACUCCUGCUUUCCCCCAGCUAUAUCCACACACACACUCUGAGCCCCAGAUUCUCACCUCACUCUGCUCUGCUGGAGUGACUCACUGAUUCAUUAAUCCCACCCUCUCCUGUAAGACUUUCUCCUUUUUUCUCUAGGGUACCGGGUGAACAAAGUUACUCAGAAAGCAGUAGAGACAAGCAAAUGAAGAGCUCAGGAUUAGAGAAACACAAGAUUGAGGGAACGUGUGCCCCCAACCAUUUCCUCAUACUCUCCCCAGUCAGGUCUGAAGCCCAACUCUGUUACUGCCUCACUUCAGGAAUACCUCACUUUAUGCAAUAGUGCUAUAAGGAAAGAGGUUGGGGACACAUGUAUUUGGUUAAUUUAAACCUAUUAGGACAUUUGCUAAUCUGAAUGAUCCCUUACAGAAACCUUUUUGAUUUUUGUAGAGAAUUAUUUUGUGAUGCAAGUAAAUAUCCUUUGGUUGAUCAAGUUUCUAAAUUUAGAUAUAUGUGUUCCAGGCUUUCUUAAAAUGAGGACACAUCUGUACUAAAAACAGAAGGAAUCAAAGGACUUUCCAGAAAUGCUGUGUAAGGGCCAGAAAUAUCACUUGUCACUGUUA